UUACCUAUUUCUUCUCAAUCUCUACCACCAGUCAAACAAAGUCUUUUCCUUUUUUAUCAGCAAUUUUUCUUGUACAGAUUAAGCAAAAAAAGCAAAAGAAGAAAUGUUAGAAUCUCGUUUACUCAUAUUCCUUCAUUCAAAAAAAUAUAUUUCUGUUUUUUUUUUUUAAAUUUUUUAAUUUUGGAUUUUGAGCUUUGACUAUUUUUUUUAUUUGAUUUUUUUCUAAGUUAUUGCAUGGAGCUUGGGAAUGGAAAUGGAGCUUUGAAGAUCUGUUUCAUCAUCCUUUGAGAAAAUUGAUGGGUGAAGUGCUCAUGAUAUGGAGAAUCCACAGUUCUCACAACAAGGGGAUUGGAUUUGUGCAUUCCUGAUAAGUCCUCACCUUGUUGUUUACUGAGUGUGGUUGAUAUAGGUCGAUACGAUGAUGAACGAUAAUGUUGGGAAAAAAAGUUUGGGGGAACAAAAUCGCGAAGUUAAUGAAGGGCUAGGUUCUGAAUCGUCAACUGGAAAUGACACGAGAUUUAGUAAGGUAACGAAAGAUGGAAACGAUGGGUUGAAGGGAUCGAGUCGGAUCCAUGAGAGGUUUCAGGUUUCACCGCAACCACUACCCCGAGCUCCGGUUACUUACUGGGAAAGGUUUCUCCCUGUUACAUCGAUAAAAGUUUUGCUGGUGGACGAUGAUGAUUCCACACGUAAUGUUGUGUGUGCUCUGUUAAAGAAUUGUGGUUAUGAAGUCACUGCUGUUUCAAAUGGUCUUCAAGCGUGGAAAGUUCUAGAAGAUCCAGGAAAACGAAUUGAUCUUGUUCUAACUGAGGUAGCUAUGCCUUUUGUAUCCGGAAUAGGUCUUUUGUGCAAGAUCAUGAGCCACAUAGCUCUGAAGAAUAUUCCUGUGAUUAUGAUGUCAUCUCAUGAUUCUAUGGGUAUUGUCUUUAAGUGUUUGUCAAAAGGAGCAGCUGAUUUUUUAGUGAAACCUAUUCGGAGGAAUGAACUUAAAAACCUCUGGCAACAUGUUUGGAGAAGAUGCCAUAGUUCUAGUGAUAGUGGGAGCGAAAGUGGGACAAACACCCGAAAAUUUGCAAAGUCAAGAAGCAUCUGUGCAUAUGACAACAACAGUGGUAGCAGUGAUGAGAAUGAUUAUGGAAGCAGAGGCUUGAGUGUUAGAGAUGGAAGUGACAAAGGAAGUGGAACUCAGAGUUCAUGGACUACAAAUCUAGCUCAAAUUAGCAGCAGCCCUCAUCCAGUUUCACCUCAUAAACAAUCUCAUGAUACUCCUGAUAGCACGUGUGCCCAAGUGGUGCUUCCAAAGCCUGAAAACAUUAGUAGUAAGUGGGACCAGGCCACAGAAAAAGAGUGCCAUAAACCGAUUGAUCAUCCUGAUGAUAUUGCAAUGGGUAAAGAUUUAGCUAUGGGAAUAUCUUUGAACAUGCAAGAAAAGCAUCCACAUGAGGAACUAUCUAACAAUCCAAUGUGUAAAGGAGUUAAUAAGAUGUCUGAUACAGAUGGUAUGCAGCUCAAUAAAGGACAUAGCAGUGUUCAUGAAAAAGUACAACCGGAAGAGGACAGUGAUAGAACCAGGAUGCAGGAAAAUCAGGCUAUGAAUGUUGGUGUCACUGAUAGCAGUAGUCCACAGGCUGAAAGCAGAGAUUUGAAUACUUCGAAUGGUUUUUCUGCUUUUGCAAAAACAAAAACAAGUUGCUUCAAACAGCACCCAUCACUUGAACUAACAUUGAAAAGGAUGGGAGAAGUAAAAGAUGCUGAACAUGUCACAGGUGAUGAAUGUAAUGUUUUGAGACAUUCAGAUCUGUCGGCAUUCUCCAAAUACAAUACAGCUUCCGCUUACCAGGCUCAGACUGGAAAUGUAGGAAGCUGUUCCCCACUAGACAAUAGUUCAGUUGCACCAAAUACAGAGACAAUACAGAACUUCACAUCUCAUUCAAAUGCCACUCUUCCAAAUCAACAGUCUAAUGGGAGCAACAACAUGAACGACCUGGCUUCCACUAAUACAUAUCUUAGCACCAAACCUGAAAAUUUUGACAAGAAACCCGAGUCUUCGAGAGGGAUUGGCUCUUUUACUUCUUCUGAACUCCAAAUCGUGCAAAAUAAUAGUGUCUCUACAUCUCAGAAGAAGACUUCUGCCCAGGAAGAAUGUGCUGGAAGCAUUAAAGGACAGGUAGGAGGCUUUGAACAAGGAUUUCAAGUCGAGCAUGCUCAGCAUCAACUUCAACAUUGUAACCGCAUUGCCCACAAGGAGGCAGUAGAUCUCCGUUCAGUUCAUGAUAUCUUAGUUGAAAGCACAACCAAAGAUGAUCAGCAAUGUAUGUCAAAUGCGUUUGGAGAGCCAGCAGAAAGUAAUGGCACAGCUACAAACUAUGGGAAUGAUGGAAGUGCAGCUGAAAGUGAUCAUGGGAGCAAUGGGCAGGACGGAAGCAACACUUUGACAAUCGGAAUGAUAAAUAUGAGAAAUAGCAAUGUGGAGGCUGGGAGCUUUGGAAUUAGUGGCAUUGAUAAAGUAAACACUGGAAGUGGGUCUUAUGAACAACGAUUUGCAUUGAGAGAGGCUGCCUUGUUAAAGUUUCGUCUAAAGAGAAAAGAAAGAUGCUUUGAAAAGAAGGUUAGAUAUCAGAGCCGGAAAAAAUUGGCAGAUCAGCGGCCGCGUGUUAGGGGACAAUUUGUUAAACAAAUAGUGUAUGGUACCAAUGAAGAAAAUAAAGAAAGCGAGGAACUUGUAUCUAUGGAUAAUUCUAACGAUGAUCCCAAACAACACCAAUCAAAUUGCUGAUCAUUAUUUGACUGAUUUUGUUCCAUCAACUGCAUCUAGCGGCUUUGCACUUUCACCAUGGAAAAAGCUGGGAGGUUUGUAAUUGUGGUAUAGAAGAAUCUAUGAGUAGGCAGGCGCCAUUAUUACGAGAAAAACUGACAUUUAAUUUGAAGCUUCAAGACAAUGCUCUAGAUUCAAUUUAUGGUUGUAAACUUAAAAAUUCCAAUGAACCCAUGUUCAUAUCUGUAAUGUGUCAAGCGUCGACCUUGUUCAUGUUUGCGUUCUACGCGUAACAUUGUGUAUCAUAAUCAGGAAUUCAGUAACUCUUGAGUUGAAAGGUAACCUCUAGAAACUUAAAUUUGAGGAUAGCUACUGAUUGUAAUAUCAAAACAGUUAUACUAUGCCAAUGUCAAUGUUAAACAA